AGAUAUAAAGUUGGCCAGCCAGGAACACUGCAGAGCUGGGAAGGACAGAAAAAGAGAGAGAGAGACACACACAGGCAGGUUAUUGCUUUGAAAGUGAGUCAGUCCAUCACUGAAGAUUGAAACAUUUUCUCUUUCACCCUUCUUCUCUGACUUCUGCCUUUGACUUGACAGAAGAGAAGAGGCAUCUCUGGGAAGGAGGAGAGUAAACAAGCGUUGCCUAUUUACUCCACCAGACAGACUCUUAGAGCAGAGCAUGGGGCAUUCCCUCUCCUGCCUAUCCUACUCCUGGGAAUUCCAGUGAUUCUCAGGGCUCAGCAGCCUGGGAUUCUAGUCUCCCCUUCUACCUUUACCUCCUACAUCUUUGCAGGAGGCUCCCUGGAGCUCUGGGGAUUAGAGGUUUCCCUUGACGUCCCAAUACCCGUUCCUUUCUCACUUCUACUCUAUCUCUCUAUCCCCCCAUCCCUCAGUCAUUUUUCCGCCCUCCGCCCUCCGCCCUCCGCCCUCCACCCUACCCUCCCUCCACUGCGGCUCGGAAGCCCGCACCUCCCUUGGCGGCGAACAACUUGCUCCAAGCCUGACAGCGGAGCGAAGGCAGCUGCAACGGGCGGCUACAUCUGGAGAGAGCCAGGCAGGCGAGCAGGUUAGAGAUGUCUGCACAGAGGCUAAUUUCCAACAGAACAUCCCAGCCAUCUUCAUCCAAUUCUGAUUAUACUUGGGAAUAUGAAUAUUAUGAAAUUGGACCAGUUUCAUUUGAAGGCCUGAAAGCCCACAAAUAUUCCAUUGUCAUUGGAUUUUGGGUUGGUCUUGCUGUCUUCGUGAUUUUCAUGUUUUUUGUACUGACUUUGCUGACCAAAACAGGAGCACCACACCAAGAAAAUGCAGAACCUUCUGAAAAGCAUUUUCGAAUGAAUAGUUUUGUUACUGAUUUUGGAAGACCUCGAGAUCCAGAUAAGGUAUUUUCUCGCCCAGCAACCUCAGAGUCCAGAUCUCUCUUCCAUUGUUACAUCAAUGAAAUGGAACAGUUGGAAAGGCCAAAGAUGAGUCACACGGCAACAGCUAUGGAUGCUGAUGAACUCUUCCACGAGGGACCCAGAAGCAGUGGGAAACCAGAGGAGGAGGACCUAGCCCAGAUGACCAAAUUCAACAUCCCCAACUUUGUGAACACUGACCCAAACUCCUCCUUUGGGGAAGAUGAUCUCCUGAUUUCUGAGCCACCAAUUGUUUUAGAAAACAAGCCAAUAGCUCAGACCUCCCAGGAAGUUCUAGAUUAAGGACGUCUUUGUCAUGCCACAGGUCCAGCCUACUGCUUAGCAAGGGAUUUUCUUCAUGGGCAGCUUUACAUUUGUUUCAGGAGUGAGUGAGUGAAUGUGUGUGUGUGUGUGUACGUGUGUGUGUGUGUGUGUGUACACGUGGCUUAAGUAGGAAACAGUGCAAAGUGAAUUAGUAUUUGUUAGACCUCUAGAUUUUUUGGGGGAAAGAAUUUAGAUGAUCACACUUGUCAGUGGGUUGGAAAUGGUUUAAUCUCUUAAAAAUUGAGAGCUAAGCUUCUAUAGUAAUAGAAAACUGGACCUAGAGUCAAGGAACACCUAGAUUCCAGUCCUGCCUCUGACACAUACUGGUUGUGUGAUCCUGGACAAGUCACUUAACUUCUCAUUAUUCUAGGCAACUCUCUGAGACUCCAAGUCUUAGAAAGGACUAAUCUGUUUUGGUAGAAUUUUCCUCACCCAGGAAUUCAUUCCCUUUAUCAGAGAAUCACAGCUUUAGUUCCUAUGCAGAGUUCAUUUUCCUGAUUUAAGCCUGGUCUCAGACACUAGCUGUGUGACCUUUAACUCUGUUUGCCUCAGUUUCCUCAUCUGUAAAAUGAGUUGUAGGAAAUGGCAAACCAAUCCAGUAUAGUUGCCAACAUAACCCCAAAUGGGGUCAUGAAGAGUCAAACUUGACUGAAAAACGACUAAACAAAACUGAAAAUAAAAGGGGGGAUGAUGAUAAAUGGAUCUUCUUCAAAGGACUGUUGUGAGAAUCUAGUGAAAUAAUUAUCUGUAAAGUGCUUUGCAUACCUUAAAGUGCUUUAUAAAUGUUAGUUAUUAUUAUUAAGUUGCCUUUAGGAUACAUCUGACCAGCACUCCUCCUCACAAGAAGGUGCUCAAAUUAGUUUGGCUUUUAAUAGGGCUGUUCAUCAUUAACUCUGUGUUAGUACUUCUGUCUUCUCAUCCGCUGUUGCCAUUUUCUAUGAAUUGAUGGAAAGCAUUCUUCGUGGGUCAGCUCUCCUUAAGUGGCCAAAGCAUGAAGCUGUAUAUUCGUGCCAGGCCAGGGACUUUGGAUGCAGAGUACCAUGGAUGCUCUACGCAACACCAAUGGCAAUCCAUUCGCAAACCAAAAUAUCCUGCAUGAUCAAAGCAAGCCUGAAGCCUGGGACAGAACCCAGUAAUUUCCUUUUGCUCGGACAGAGUGGCCUGCGUGUCUGGCCACUAAUUUGUAAGGGCAUUUUUUUGUUAUGAAAUCUCUCACCAUCUUUAAUGAAUAACCAACCCCUUCCUUCCUGGUUCAGAGUGUAAAAUAAAUGACUUCAAUUGCAUAUUA